GUGCUACUCUGCUGCAAAAUAGUAGAAAACGUCUCUCAAACAGAACACCUACGGCAUGGAGGAGAGGCUGCAGAAUUCUGCCGCAGAAGGAGAUGUGGAGGCAUUAUUUUCAAUACUCAAGGAGGAUCCACUUGUUUUGGAGCGUAUUGAUCAGAUACCAUUUGGGACCACUCCCUUACACACAGCCGCAGCCGAGGGAAAUUUCCAUUUCGCCAAGGAAAUGGUAAACUUAAAACCAUCCUUUGCUCGGAAGCGAGACCAACUCGGGCGUAGCCCCCUUCAUUUGGCGUUGGAGGGGAGGCACCAGAAGUUGGUAACAUGGUUCAUUAAAAUCGACAGAGAGCUCGUCCACGUCAAAGCAAAAGGAUUGGUUACUCCUUUGCACUACGCGGCCGAAAUAGACGAUGAAUUGAAUUUAGCUGAUUUUUUGUAUGUUUCCCCUUCAUCUAUCAAAGAUUUAACAGUUAAAUGUGAAACUUCCGUCCAUGUGGCCCUCAAAAACAGGAGUUUUAGAGCUUUUAAGGUAUUGUUAGGAUGGCUUCGGCACUUCGACAAAGAAGAUAUCCUAAGCUGGAAGGACGAAGAUGGCAGCAACGCUUUGCAUAUUGCAACACUUACAAAUCAACCUGAGGUCGUGAAGCUGCUGAUUAAACAUAUGGCGGUAAAUGACAAGAACGGGCAAAGGAAGACAGCUUUGGACAUCUUCUACGAUCACUAGAAUUCACCUGAAUAUGCAGAGGUUGGGAAAAUUCUACUUCGUGCUAAAGCUAAAAGAGCUUGUCAAUUUCAUCGUAAUCCCGAUACUACAAUUAACCGUGCAACUUCAAUUAACUCUCUGUUAAUCCUAAAACAACACUUGUCGAUCACUUAAGUGGGGACUUAUCUAUAGUCGAAAAAAUUCUGAAACACUUGAGGCUUGGUGACCAAAUUCUAAACAAACUCCCUUUUGAAAUCCGAAACGUAGCACUUGUGGUGGCGGUAUUGAUUGUGACGGCCACGUACCAAGCUGCUCUGAGCCCGCCUGGAGGAUAUUGGCAAGAUGACAGCCAUGGCCAAUGUGGCCGUCCGCCGACAAACAACACUGUUAUCAGUAACACCACAACCACCAACAAUAUUGACCAACAUUGUGCUGGGCAAAUGAUUCUGGGCUCUCCAUUUCACGCAUUUUUCUUUCUGUUUCAUUCGGUGGCCUUUUCUAUUUCCGUGUGCAAUAUUAUUAUCCUCAUAACUGGACUCCCCUUUUCCAGAAGCAUUGCCCUGUCCACAACUUUGAUCGUGUUUGCAUAUUUAUCUGCAAUGCUAGCAACCUCUCCGCCGGACGGCUAUGUUGAAUGGAUUUUUUUCACUUGCUUAAUGCUUGCAUCUACAUUGGUAGCAUAUUCUAUUCCACUCCUUCUGCGUGCCCAAGAAUGGCAGUUCAUCCAGUACGGCCGGUGGAGGAAACUGCAUCCGGGAAGCUUCCAACAACCGAAGAUGCACGGGCGCAGCUACGUUGGGGCCUGGGGUACGGUGGCCAGUGCAUCUUAGCUUAGUUUUAAGUAUAUUUAGGCCAUACAAGGAGGAAGAGUGGUGACAAACUGGGGCC